CCUGAAGGCGCCAUGAUGCUGCGCGCGUAAUGGAUUUCCCCAGCGCUGCUGCUUUUCGGGGACCAGGAGCUGCAGCUGCAGCACUCCGACCACAUUUAAUCCGCACCACCUCUUGAUGCCGGUGACCUUGGCUGACGGAGAUCGCCCCUUUCAGUCUCGUGUCGCCGUCUUGUUUUCACCAUGGCAUCAUCGGAUGGGCUGGAGGAGGACUGUGUGUUGCAGCGGGGAAGAUCUCAGAGUGACCCGAGCAGCAUCACCGAGGUCCGCCUGGGUGAAGCGCACAGAGCAGAUGUGAUGGACCAGCAGAGGGCUCUGCAUUCAGGUUGCCUGGUCUCAGGGGUCCGUACGCCUCCCGUUCGCCGCAACAGCAAGCUGGCCAGUCUGGGACGCAUCUUCAAGCCCUGGAAGUGGAGGAAAAAGAAAAACGAGAAGCUGAAGCCCACAGGAGCGGUGGAGAAGAAGGCAGCUGUACGGCAGAAGAGAGAUGACCUCGUCAGGAGGAACCCCGGGGAGACCGAGACAGAGUCAGAUCUUGCUUGUGGGGGUAACAGUGAGGACCUGGACACCCCCCCUCACUCUGACGGUGAGGACAGAGACGAGGAGCCGGUGGCACCGCUGGCCAACACUAAUGAAGACCUGGGCAGUGAUUUAGAAAGCUCAACAGUACAAGAUGUGACUGAAGUGGCAAAGACAGCAGGUGAUCAGAGUCAGAGUGAAGAUGGAGAAGAUGAAAGCACCUCAAUCAGUGACCCCAGCGAAGAGCAGAUGCAGGGCAAAGCCGAGGGUAUCGAGGGGAAGCAGGAGGCGGCGGCGACCAAGCCUCAGAGACGAGCCAGCACCCCUCCUCCACCCAGCCUGCCUGUCAAACUGCUCACCAGGCUGGGCAGCUUAGAAGGUGCUCCUCCAGUGCCGGUGAAGAAGUCCCCUGCCACCUUACCCAGGAACUUCACUCUGCCCAAAGACCCUCAUGGCUCUCUGUUGAGAGGCAGGAUCUCCACACCCACCGGGUCCCCUCACCUCGGGGCGCUGCACCCACAGCUGCCCCCCAGCUGCAUCAUUGAGGAGCUGCACCGCGCCCUGGCUACCAAACACAGACAGGACAGUUUUCAGAUGAAGGAGGCGCGCUCGUCUCCGAAACGCCGUCCGGAGGGCCGCCUGUCUCGCACGUCCAGCACAGAGAAGGACCCGGCCGGAGAGUCCGAGAGCAAGAAGGAGUCUGACGAGAACAAGGAGAACUGGCGUCUGGAUGAAUACUUGAGCGACCAGGACAGCUGGAACGAGUCUGUGAUCUCCGGGACCCUCCCACGCAGAAUGAAGAAGGAGCUGCUGGCUGUGAAGCUUCGGAACAGGCCCAGCAAGCAGGAGCUGGAGGACCGCAACAUCUUCCCCGUCCGCAGCGAUCAGGAGCGGCAAGAAAUCCGCCAACAGAUAGAGAUGAAGCUGGCCAAGAGACUGAGCCAGAGGCCGGCAGUGGAGGAGCUGGAGAGCCGGAACAUUUUGAAGCAGAGAAAUGACCAGACUGAGCAGGAGGAGAGGAGGGAGAUCAAACAGCGGCUGAACAGAAAGUUGAACCAGCGGCCGACGGUAGAUGAGUUGCGGGACAGAAAGAUCCUAAUUCGUUUCAGCGACUAUGUGGAAGUGGCCAAAGCUCAGGACUAUGACAGGAGAGCCGACAAGCCCUGGACCAGACUGUCAGCUGCUGACAAGGCGGCGAUACGGAAGGAGCUGAACGAGUUCAAAAGCAACGAGAUGGAAGUUCAUUCUUCGAGCAAGCAUCUGACAAGGUUCCACCGGCCUUAGCAAGGUUUCUUCUGUGAAGAGUUGCUUAAAUCUGGUUUCUUUAGUGAAGACCUUGCACAAAGUCUUCCAUUGGCCUGCAGCCACUGGGUGUCCUGAUAUUUGGGUCCGUUGAACCUUUGGAGGCUAUGUCUCUAGAAAUGGAUCUGCCAGCAGAAGGACAGGGGGGGGGCAUGCAGCAAGCUCCACUUCUGCUCAGAAGACCAUCUCCUUAACCCUCACUUCACCUCGUCAGCGGAGCAGGAAGAGCUGAGGUUGCGCAUUCGCCAUAAUAAAUAAAGCAUUGACUUCUUUUUGUUUUUGUAAACGGACUCUUUUAAAAGAUGCUCUUUUUUUGACACGGGAGGGGGGGCACGUGCAUGUGACCGAGUCGACCAAUCCCACUCCAGUAUCAGUAGUCACAUCCCCGAGCUGUGUCGGAGCUGAUUCAGUUGAUGAUGAUUUUCAUAUCGACAGUGUACAUGUUCUUAAACAGAAACCUUGUCUGUGUACAAGAUGAAAAUCCCUUUGUAAGCACUAUUUAUUGUCUGCACAAUACAGGCUUUCAAAUUUGUAAAAACAAA